AUGGCAAAAAGAAAGAAUGAUGAUGUGGAGGAAGAGGAUAGUAUCUCGGAUGACCUAUUAAAUCAACAUUAUGAUGAACUUGAAAAACAACAGUAUGGUGGGGAAAUAUCUGACGAUCAACUCAAUGAAUUGUAUGAUCAAUUGGACCAACAACAAUUGGAUGCCCUCAAUAUAGACUUGGGUGUGGAACAAUCAGGUGGCGCUCUCUUUAACUUUGAAUUUCAAAAUGCUGGAUUCCCAAAAAGUUGGAAAAAGACAGCGGAUAAACAAAGAUACGAGGCCACCCUCAAGCAGACACGAACUCCAUCCCAAGACGAUAAUAUCGGAAAAGAAAUUACAAAUGCGUUAGCGAGAUCGAUAUGGAAACAAAUUCAGCAAAAGAAAUGUUCAUCUCAUGACGCGUUCCAUUUCACCUUACAAUCGAAUCAAUUCGCCCACACCCAACAAUCAGCCACAUUCAAAGUAGAAGAAAUCAUGAAGAAUUCAGAACGCUUUGAAAAUUACAUGACUACUAUGGCUAAUAAAUUGAAUUCAGGAGAAUCGUUUAAAUCCUCUUCUAAGUUUACUGCCGACCUUACCUUUAUUCGAAUGCCUAAAGGUGGUAAAAGUGGUAGACAAAAAGCUCUAUUGGGAAAGCGAUCCAUGGCAGAAGUUUUGAAAAAGAAACAUUCCGUGAUUCAAAUUACAAAUUCAGACGAAUUGUGUUGUGCAAGAGCCAUUUGUGUCGCAAAAGCAUGGAUCCAUAAAGAUGAGGGGAAUCGACAGAAAAUCGUUUACGAGAAUGCAAAAAAAUGUGACACUGUUCGAUCACGAAUGGCCCAUCAACUCCAUGAAGAUGCGGGCGUACCUUUGGGGGCAUGCAGGCACCAAGAAUUGAAAAAAUUUCAAGACUUCCUAGCACCAGACUACCAAUUGAAAGUCAUGGCAACUUCCUACCCCUACAUGAUGGUAUUUGUAGGCCCAGAAGCACCGCAUAUUAUCCGCCUCUUGCUCCAGAAACACGAUGACUCUGAGACUGGUCACUAUGACACUUGCACAUCUUACGCUGGUUUUCUAGAACGAUCCUAUUUUUGCGAUCAGUGCAACAAGGGAUUUGAUCAUAAUGACUUCAGACAUCAUCCACGUGAGGGUCGAAGAUGUCAUGCAUGCAAACAAGUAGAAUGUGGCGCAAAACCUGAUUAUGCCUUGCGUGAAGUACCCUGUUCUUCUUGUUGCCGAAAGUUUUACAGUCAGACGUGUUAUGACAUGCAUAAAGAGAAAAAGAUCUGCGACAGCCUUGUUCAAUGCCCUAUAUGUCGUAAGGAGUUUCAAACCUCAGCGUCAAAAGAACCUCACCAAUGCUACUUUGACAAAUGCUCCGUAUGCCAUGAAUAUGUAAAACUUACAGAACACAAAUGCUUUAUUCAACCUGUGGCAACCAAAGAAGAUCAAAGAAAGAAAAAAACCAAAGCAACCCUGAAACGCCAUAGAAAAAAAAAUCCCUUGGCCUCGGUGUAUGAAGAACCUCCCAUCUUCGUCUAUGCUGAUUUUGAAUCUAUGAUAGCGGAAGAUAACACACACAUCCCCGUAUUGGUCUGUGCCCUCACCUCUGAAGAUGAUACCUUCGAAACCUACUACGGGGAGAAUUGCACGGCCGACUUUCUGAACUUUCUCACCCAGCUCACCGAGGACAAAUAUGGCGACCCACGCGAGGUGAUAUGCAUUUCCCAUAAUUUAAAGGGGUACGAUUCUAUGUUUCUACAGCAUCAGUUGGUAAAGGAAGAAAGAAAGAUUGAGGACAUCAUCGCCAUAGGCACUAAAUGGUUAUCCUUCAAAGUGGGUCAAAUCACAUUCAAAGAUUCGUUCAGCUUCCUCCCGAUGUCACUCUCAGCCUUUACCAGUACCUUUGGUCUCACAGAACUCAAGAAAGGUUUCUUUCCUCACCUGUUCCACACACCUGACCAUCAAGAUUAUGUGGGAGCCCUGCCAGCAGCCUCCUGUUACGACCCAGAAAGUAUGUCCAAUUCUAAAAAAAAAGAAUUUCAAGUCUGGUAUGAAGAACAAGUGAAAAAGCAACACCCAUCUGAUCUCAAGCAAGAACUCAUAGCCUACUGCCAAUCAGAUGUCGCCCUUCUUAAAGCCGGCUGUCUUAAAUUUGUGAAUGAAUUCCAGUCCACGUCUGGGUUUGAUCCGAUGGAAAAAUGUGCCACGAUUGCGUCAGCAUGCAACAGAUAUUGGCGUAAAAAACAUCUUUCCAAGGAUACUGUGGCCGUUGAACCUGUAAGAGGAUGGCGUGGGGCACAAGUCAAUCAAUCAGAAGUUGCAUCAGAAUGGUUGAUGUGGCAGGAACAUCAGCUUUAA